AUGGCAGCGGCGGGGCAGCAGCGCGAGUACACGGGUCGAGGAGGGCGCACCGGGCGGGCGGGCGCAGAGCUGUCCCUGUUGCGGCGGAGCCGGAGCUGCUGGGACGCCGGUCCUCGUCUUGCCCCGGCUUCCCUGGGCAAUCGCCUGCCCCCUGCAGGCCGCGCCCAGGGGCUGGCUCCCUGCCUCCUUGAUGUCGGAGGUGUGAUUUGCAGGUCGUGCAAUCUCUCCAUCCCGUUCCAUGGAUGUCUGUUAGACCUUGGAACCUGCAGAACAAAGCCCGGUCAAUUUUGUAUAAAAGAGAGCCUUGCUAAAGGUGGGGUCCAGUGGUAUUCAGUGAAAGGCUGCACGGAGGACAAAUCGGAGUGCUUCAAGAGAACGGUGAAGAAUUACGAAAUCCGCGCUACUCACUGCUGCCACCGUCCCCUGUGCAACUUCUGA